UUAGUUGUAGGUUAAAUUUGAAUAUUUGGCGUUUAAAUUGUACUGCUGUUAACGUUAGAAAUGAUCGAUGUAUAAAUUAACGAUAAUUGAUAAUAAUCGACGAUAGGGAUAAAUUAAUGUUUGAUGUUUGGACAAAUCUAAACAGCUGUUUUGACGUAACUGCGCGCCUCUACAGUAAUUUUAUAUAUGUUAUAUAUUUAUUCACUACAUACAGGAUUGAUAAGACAAUUAAAGAUGAGUUUGCUCCUUUUAAAUAUAUGGUUUUAAAAUUGUAAAAUAUAAAUCAAUUGAAGAAUUGCUGUUUUAAAUAAUAUCAAUUGAAUUAUUUAUUGUUAUAAAUUAUUUAGUUUUAUAUUAAACAAUAAAAUGGCAUCAAAUAAAAGUGUUACGGUAUUGGCACCAAAUGGGAGACGUCAAAAUGUUAAAAUUACUCCAAAUACAACAAUAUUACAGGUUUUGGAAGAAGUUUGUCAGAAACAAGGAUACGCAUCAAAAAAGUGGGACUUGAAACACUUCAAUACGAUAUUGGAUGUGAAUUCAAUAUUUCGUUUCACUGGAUUGCCUAAUAAUGCACAACUGGAGAUGACACCAAGGCCAACAGAACGUGAAAUGUCCGUAGUAACAAUUGGUAUCCAAUUGGAAAAUGGGCAGAGAUUGAUGGGUGAUUUCAAUCCUGAUACGUCAUUGAGUGAAAUAAUUAACACUCUUUGUUCUAAUGAGCAAGCUGAUGAUACUGUUAUUGUUUAUAUGCAUCAAGAAUUACAUGGACGAGAUAAUUUAGAAAAAACAACGUUACAGUCACUGGGACUAAACAACGGACGUGCUAUGUUGAGAUUGAUACAUCGUGAUUUAAAUAAAUUAAAUACCCAAGCUCAUGUCGCAGGACAAUUGAAUUCAAAACCCAAUAAAUCGAGUGAUAAAGAACGCGGUGGAAAGAGCAGUCAGAAAUCAAGUGGUACCUCUGUUACUGAUCAAAUAAAAAAAGCUAUUAAUGAUCCACUGGCGUUGCUAAGGUCUGAGAAAAGUGAUAAAGGACACAACAAAAAUAGUGGUAAUAAAUCUGGUGGAAGUAAAAAAAUGCCUGGUAGUGGACACGUUUUGGGAAGAGGCGAAAGUAAAAUUGAAACUGCAGUACAAGCAGAAGAACAAGCUAAAGUAGAAACUGGUAAUGAGGAAAUUAAAACAGAGACUGAUGCUAUGGAAACUAAUCAAGACACUCAUAGUGAUGUUAUUAAUGAACCAAUAGACUUUUUGGGAGAAAGAAACGCAUUGGUGUUCAAUCAAGCGGGAGCACAAGCGGUUCCGCAUGAAGAUUUGCCAGAUAAUUUUUUUGAUCUGACGGUUGAUGAUGCCAAGGCAUUGCUUCGUGACGCUAAACGUCAACGAGACGACAUGGAAGGAGCACCACUUACUACUAAUGCUCAGCGAAAGUUGGAACGUGAUCGAGCGACUCUUAAUAAACUUCAUAAAUAUCGACGCACUAUUUUGAGAAUACAAUUUCCUAAUCAAAUGGUCCUGCAAGGUAUCUUUGGUCCACUUGAAACUGUUCAGAUGGUUAAAGAUUUUGUCAAAGGUUAUUUAGCAGACUCUGAACAAGAUUUUACUUUAUAUUGUACACCACCGAAAAAAAAUUUAACACCUCAGUCUCGUCUUAUUGAUGAAAGUCUAGUGCCAUCAGCAAUUAUUUAUUAUUCAGGGCCAUCAGAAUUGAAAGCUGAUUUAAAUACAAAAUUAGUUGAUCCUAAAAUUGCUAGUGUUCAUGCUAUUAAAUCAAGAAUAGCUAUGACUCGGAACGAUCCAGAUAAUUCUGGUGAUUCAAAUGCAAAUAUUGAACCGGAAACUAUUCAAAUAAGAGAAAAUAUUCGAAAUAAUUCAGUACCCAGUAGCAGCAGCGGUGAAGGGUCAAAUGCAUUCAAUACUGAUCGUAUUAAAAAUUACACUCCAAAAUGGUUCAAAAAUGCCUUCAAGUAAAGAUGAAAAAAAAAAAAAAAGUUAAUAAAAA